AUGGAGAAAAACUCGAAACAGCAAUCGAUUUUGUCAACAGCGAUAUCCUCGAAAUUCGACAUCAAUGGAAAUCACAAAAUCUCGUCAUCAGAACUCGGCGAAACUUUGAAGGCGCGCGGCUCGAAAAUUGGAGAGGACGAAUUGAAGCGCAUAACGUUCGUAUUAGGCACAGACGGCGAUGAUUCCGUUGAUAUUGAAGAGUUCAAGGCGAUCUUCUGUGGCGACAAGGACAGGAACAGGAAAAUAUCGGCGACUGAGUUGCACUCGAUACUCAAGGACAUCGGUGAGAACUUUAGCCUUGAGAAGUGCCGACGAAUGAUCAGAUCCGUCGAUGUUGACGGCUACGGUUACGUUAACUUCAAAGAACUCAAGAAAAAGUUGGGUAGGCCUUCUUCAAGAAAAA